CAUCAUCACCAUACUCAUUCUAAUUACUAUCUCUUCAUCAAAACAGCCUAAUUUUCCCUCGCUCAUCACCAUGGAUUUCAGAGGAUCACUCCCACCUCAAAAAGCACUCCCACCUCCAAGAGCUCCCAUGCCUCCUCCAAGUAGGCAGCUAAUGAGAGGUGGUGGUGGUGGUUAUGGAGAACAACAACAGCACCGUGGUGGUGGCAACAUGAUGAUGAUGAGCGACGACAAUGUGAUGAUGAAGCAGAUUGCAGCCACUCAUGCACCUGAUGGCAGGGAAGUUGAUGUCAAGCCUUUGCUGGUCCUUGUGGAAGACAUUCUCAACCGUGCAACUCUGCAAGUUGAUACCACUCUCUCGCCAAUCCAAGCUAAGAACGAGAUAGAGGACAAGGCAUACCAGAUCAAUCAAGUCAGCAUGCUGGAAGCACUCUCUUACACCAUUGAUCGAGUUUCGAAAGAGAUUGCAUACAAGGCAUUAGGAGGAGCAGAUGCUCACUCAACAACAGUAGCCAUCUUCGAGACACUAGCAAGCUUCCCAUGGGAUGCCAAGCUGGUCCUAACCCUAGCAGCUUUUGCACUCCACUAUGGAGAGUUCUGGCUCCUUGCACAGAUCUACUCAUCAAACCAGCUUGCAAAGGCCAUGGCCACACUGAGGCAGCUGCCCAUGAUCAUGGAGCAUUCUGGCCCGCUGAAGCCGAGGUUCGAUGCACUCAACAAGCUCAUCAAGGCCAUGGUGGAAGUGACUAGGUGUAUGGUUCAGUUCAAGGAGCUUCCACCUAGUUACAUCUCUGAGGAUGUGCCAGCUUUGACCCAGGCCAUGACCCAUAUCCCAACAGCUGUUUAUUGGACCAUUAGGAGUGUUGUGGCUUGUGCUAAUCAGAUCACUCUUCUCACUACCAUGGGACACGAAUAUGCACUUUCAACAACUGAGGCUUGGGAGCUGUCUUCUCUUGAGCACAAGCUGACCAACAUUUGUGACCAUUUGAAGCAACAAUUGGGAAGUUGCUACCAACACAUAGAUGACAAGAAGAAUGUGGAAACAUUCAGGAUGCUGGUGGAGCUAUUUGAAAUGACGCACAUUGACAACAUGAAGAUUCUGAAGGCCCUAAUUCAUGCAAGGGAUGACCCCAUGCCAAUAGUUGAUGGUUCUACCAAGAGAAAGGUUACCCUGGAGGUGCUAAGGAGGAAGAAUGUCCUCCUCCUGAUCUCAGACCUCAACAUCUCCCACGACGAGCUCUCGAUCCUCGAGCAGAUCUACAACGAGUCGAGGAUCCACACCACGAGGCUGGACAGCCAGUACGAGGUGAUCUGGAUCCCCGUCGUGGACCCAUCGAUCGUGUGGACCGAGGCGAUGCACAAGCAGUUCGAGACCUUGCAGUCGACGAUGCCCUGGUACACCGUCAGCCACCCUAGCGUGAUCGAGAAGGCGGUGGUCAGGUACAUCAGGGAGAAGUGGCACUUCAGGAACAAGGCUAUCUUGGUGGUGCUUGAUCCACAAGGUAGGGUUGUUUCCCCCAAUGCCAUCCACAUGAUGUGGAUUUGGGGCAGCAAUGCUUUCCCUUUCACCAGCUUGAGGGAGGAGUCUCUUUGGAGGGAAGAGGCAUGGCGGCUUGAGCUCUUGGUCAAUGGGAUUGACCCCAUGAUCCUCAACUGGAUCAAGGACGGCAAGUACAUCUUCCUCUACGGCGGAGACGACGUAGAAUGGGUCAGGAAAUUCACCAACACGGCCCGAGCAGUCGCAGUAGCCUCGCGGAUCCCUCUGGAAAUGGCCUACGUGGGGAAGAGCACGAAGAAAGAGCUCGUCCGCCGCGUCCUGGCCACCAUCACCGUGGAGAAGCUGAGCUACUUCUGGCAGGACCCGACCAUGAUCUGGUUCUUUUGGACGCGCCUGGAGAGCAUGCUGUUCAGCAAGAUCCAGCAGGGCAAGCUCGACGACCAUGACCCGAUGAUGCUGGAGAUCAAGAAGCUGCUGAGCUACGACAAGGAAGGAGGGUGGGCCGUUUUGAGCAAAGGGUCGAACAUCAUAUCGAAUGGACAUGGCAACACGGUGCUGACGACUCUGGUGGAGUACGAUCUGUGGAAGGAAGAGAUUCCGGUGAAGGGUUUCGAUCUGGCUUACGAUGAUCAUCACAAGAAGGUCCAUGGGGUGACUUACCCUUGUUGCAGGUUCGAGUUUCCUAAUACUGCGGGGAGGAUUCCUGAAGGGAUGAAGUGUCCUGAGUGUCAUAGGUAUAUGGAGAAGUACACCACUUUCCUGUGUUGCCAUGAUGAAGGGCAUCCUACUGCCUCGCCGUUUCGAGGGGAGUUGUAGAGGACGAUAUGGCGUUUGAGAAGUGAUGAAUGUGGCUGGUGGUGGUUGGAGUAGUACUAAAAUAAAGAAGAUGGUGGAAGAGAGCUAUAUAAUGCAUGGAUGCUUGCUGUAUGGUUUGCAUUCAUGGAGGUUUUUUACAAUAUAUUUAUUGCAGUUUUCAAGUGUUUUUUAGUUAAUGGUUUCAGUCAUGUUGUAACUUGCCAAUGGCGGUUCAUGUGAUGGAAUUGAUUGAUGAAUAAAAGUAAUAUCUGAAUGGACGAUGAAUACUGAUGGAUCGAUUUGACCUAAUUGUUUCAUUUUGAGACAAUAUUGAUUAAAUUGACCCGUUUGGCGGCACAUAAUUUGGAUAAAGUAAUUUGGCUUGAGAAAUUUCAAAUUGACUCGUUUGAAAGCAAUUACAAUUGUACGAGAUACAUCCAAGCGACCCCAUCUCUGUAUAACUCAAAGCUUAUUUUUAAAAUAUUUUCUUUCUUAAAAUGAAAUUUUAUAAAUAUUUGCAUUGAAAAAACACAUCGAUUAUAUAUACUCAAUAAAAUUCAUUUUGUUAUAUUUUCAUAAAAAGAAGUUAAACCUUUAAAAAUACGGAUUUGAUGUCAUUUUUAUUACACUACCAUACAUGAUCUUACAAGCCACUAUAGUAAGACUAAGACUAACAAACGUUGUCUUACCAUUGUCAUAUACUCAUUAUGAUAUUACCAUUAAUUAAUUAAUUAAAGCCGCUAGUAAUUAAAAAGUAGGGACACUGUUCCAUACGAUAAUCUCGCCUACAAUUCUACUGUUGAUAAAAGUACUUUUUCCCUGCGGGCAUGUGUACUUAACUUCAAUUUGGCAUAAAUCAUUAGAGGCUGGCCGAAAGUUUCCUUUGUUUAGGGCAUGGAAAUAUAUUUUUAUUUUUAAUAUUUAAUUACAUAUGAUAUUAUUGUCACUUGAUUGCAUUAUUAAAUCGCACAUCAUGAAAUAUUUACGUAACGUUGUUCUAUUAUAGUUACGUACAUUAUAAUAUUUAAUCACAUAUGAUUUUUUUUUGUCACUUGAUUGCAUUAUUAAAUCGCACAUCAUGAAAUAUUUACGUAACGCGGUUCUAUAGUUACAUACAUUACAUUAUAAAUGCAUUAUGUAAAACUUAUUGGUACCAAUUAAACUGUUUUAUCAUACUUACAUAAAUUACAAAUGCAUUACAUAUAUCUUAAGGUAUAUCUUAAGGAGAGAUGGAUAUUUCUAAUGUAUCAAUUAAACAAAUAUGUAUUAUAUUAUAUAUGAAUUACAUAUAUCUACAUUUUAAAGAAGAUUACCACGUGUGCAUAUCCAUCAAAUCCACUUUAGUUAUUUUUAAUAUUUUAAUAAAAUGUGAUAUUUUUU